AUGCCUUUAAAGUAUAAAAGGAAAAAAAGAUGUCUAAAAUAAGAACUCAACAUUCCUAUCCUACCGUGCAGAGGCUGUCUGUCAAAACCAAUGAUGAGGAUGACAUAGAACGACUUGAGAAUGGCAACAGCAGAGCUCACUCGUUGUGUGAGGACACAUCCUCGGAACUACGACAAGUGAUUUCUAUGGAGGUGAAAGGAAGCUCUGAGUCCCGUAGGAGUUCGUACACAGGCACGGGAGCGUUGGCUAGGGUAUCUAGAUUUGUUGUUUCUCUGAGAACCUGGGCAACAAGGCAUUUACAUCAUGAAGAUCAAAGACCAGACUCAUUUCUUGAAAGAUUUCGAGGGCCUGAGCUGAAGGAGGUGUCCAGCAGAGAAAGUAACAAUCAAUCUGGAUUGGGUAACCCGGAAAGGUCAGGCAGAGCAAAAAGCGUUUGGCCUGUGGCAAAUUUCAAUGUCAACAACUCUAACAAUACCAAGGAUAACAAAAAAAAAACAAAAAAAAAAAAAAAACUUCAAAAGAAAGAAAAAAGGGCUAAAGACAUGGAUAAUGAUAAGAAAGAUGAAAAAAAGGAAGACAAAAAAGAUGAGAAGAAAGAGGACACAAAGAAAGAAGAGAAGAAGAAGGAAGUGAUGGUCAUUGACCCUGCAAGUGACUUGUACUACCGAUGGUUGGCCAUUAUAACAGUGCCUGUCCUGUACAACUGGUGUUUUCUUAUUUGCAGAUCCUGUUUUGAUGAACUUCAAACAAAGCAUGGUUACCUGUGGUUAUGCCUGGACUGUGCAGCAGAUGUCAUCUAUGUACUAGACACUGUUGUGAGAUUUAGAACAGGUUUUCUGGAGCAAGGCUUAUUGGUGAAGGACGCAGAGAAGUUAAAACACAAUUAUACAAAGACCCUGCAAUUUAAGCUUGAUGCACUAUCUCUAAUACCAACAGAUUUGAUGUACAUUAAACUGGGACUUAACUAUCCUGAAAUGAGAUUUAACCGUCUAUUAAGAUUUGCUCGAAUGUUUGAGUUUUUUGACCGAACAGAAACCAGAACAAACUACCCUAAUAUGUUCCGAAUAGGCAACCUUGUGUUGUACAUUCUUAUUAUAAUUCAUUGGAAUGGAUGCAUUUACUUUGCUAUUUCCAAAGCUAUAGGCUUUGGAUCUGACACUUGGGUUUAUCCCAAUAUUUCACAUCCUGAAUAUGGGCGGCUGGCAAGAAAGUAUAUCUACAGUUUAUAUUGGUCUACACUUACACUAACCACAAUUGGAGAAACUCCCCCACCAGUAAAGGAUUUAGAGUAUCUGUUUGUAGUGUUUGAUUUUCUAGUGGGUGUUCUAAUCUUUGCAACCAUUGUAGGUAAUGUUGGCUCAAUGAUUUCAAACAUGAAUGCAUCCAGAGCAGAGUUCCAGGCUAAAAUUGAUUCAGUUAAACAAUAUAUGCAGUUUCGCAAAGUAACCAGGGACCUGGAGGCUAGAGUAAUUAAGUGGUUUGACUACCUCUGGACUAAUAAAAAAACAGUGGAUGAAAAAGAAGUCCUUAAAAACUUACCUGACAAACUGAAGGCAGAGAUUGCAAUUAAUGUCCAUCUGGACACACUAAAGAAAGUAAGAAUUUUCCAAGACUGUGAAGCUGGACUCCUGGUAGAACUUGUGCUCAAACUGAGGCCACAGGUUUUCAGCCCUGGUGAUUACAUUUGUCGAAAAGGUGACAUUGGACGAGAGAUGUAUAUCAUUAAAGAGGGAAAGCUGGCUGUUGUUGCAGAUGAUGGUGUUACACAGUUUGUGGUCCUUAGUGAUGGCAGUUAUUUUGGAGAAAUUAGUAUCUUAAAUAUAAAAGGAAGCAAGUCAGGCAACAGAAGGACUGCCAACAUCCGAAGCAUAGGAUACUCUGAUCUGUUCUGCUUGUCUAAAGAUGACUUAAUGGAAGCUUUAACAGAGUAUCCAGAUGCAAAGGAAGUGCUAGAAGAAAAAGGUCGUCAGAUCUUGAUGAAAGAUGGAUUAAUCGACGAAGAAGCAGCCAGGGCAGGGGCUGAGCCAAAAGAUGUGGAAGAAAAAGUUGAAAGACUUGAAUCAGCCCUUGAUAAUCUGCAAACAAGAUUUGCCAGACUUUUAGCAGAAUACAAAGCUGCACAGCUAAAACUAAAACAAAGACUUACAAAGCUAGAAUGCAGGGUUACAAAGUAUGGGAGUGAAUAUUUAUCUGAUGGGAUGGACAGCGGUACAGAUGCUGAGACAGCAAAAGAUGGAGACAAGCAGAAACAAUAAAAUCAUAUGGCUGCACUGUGUCUUAAUACUUCAUUUUGAAGUUCCCAUAAAUAUUUUUAUAGCAACAUGAACAAAUGAGCUUUGUAGAUUUCAGCUUUAAUUUUGAUAAUACUUGCAUUUUAUGUAAAUAUACAAUUACACAGUAUACAUUUCUGAGACAGGGAUUAGCCAUGAGAUGUUUUCUAUUUUUGUUAAUUGUCUAUAUUUGUAAAGUGUAGGCUCCUUGUGCAAAGUUAUGUGUAGGUAUGUUUAUGUAACACUAGUAUAGCUGUUAUUAAUCUGUGUUUUUUGUCUCACAUGACAAAUUGUGUGGGCAUCUUUAUUUAGCAGUAAUGUAAUUGCUAUUAGCUUGUGGGUUUUGUCUUAAACUAUGAAUUGUGUAUGUAUAGCUGUUCAAAUAUUUUAGUUACUAAUAUCAAUAUUCUCCACAUUGUAUCCGGAAAAUAAUCCAGAGGAGAUCUCUUGGCAAAAAAUCUGGAUCAAGGUGUGGUCCCUAAAAAAAAAAACAGUUGUAGCUGAGCUAACACUUAAAGUAAAGUAAAUACACAUCUCAAUCAGCUUUUGUUUUACCAGGAGUGCCUUUGUUUCGUUCAAAACCACACUGUCAUAUGAACAAGUGUUUUUUUUGUUACAUCAUCCUACAGUUCAGUUUUAAUUUUUCAGUUUUACAAAUUAUUUUUGAAAUAGAACAUACGACAUUCUUAAUGCACUUUGGAAGUACCUAUAAGGCACUGAACUGUUUGACUAACAAAGCAUAGAUGAUUUCUGUUUGUUCUACAGCUAUUAGGAAAUCUCAGUUACUGCUCAAAAAAAUUCAUGAAACAUUUAGAAUACAGAUAUUUUGUACUAAUAGAGUAGGCAUCUUUUUAGGAAAUGGCAUAUAUUAUAACAUGUAAAGUAAAUGACCAAAGCAAAGUUACUCAUAUUGCACGCCUCUGAACAUCUUACAGUCAAUAUCCCAGAAUGCUACAGUGUGACUGGCUGAUUAUAUUCAGGGCCCUACUGUAUAUUAGUUAAUUGAACUGAUAUAUAUAGCCUGAACUUGUCAACAUUAUGCCCUUUUUUCAUUGCCGAAUGAAUAUGUGUUAU